GUCAGUAUUGUCACAUGGCUCUAAAGAUGAACACUGUGAUAUUAUUAAGCAACAACCAGAUUAUCGAAGGUGCCUCCACGAUAUUCGUCUCCUAGCACUGCGAUAUAUAUAUAUAUAUAUAUAUAUAUAUAGGUGAUAAGGACAUUUGGCAGUACUAGAUCAUCUUCAACUUCUCAGCGUUUCGAAUUCUGUAAAAGUAGCAGUCAUUCCUCAGGGUAACUUGAUAUUUGACCUAAAUUAGAAUAUAGAGACGCUGCCACAAAAUGUCAUCAAUCCAUUUUCUAUCGCUCGAAACUCGCCAGAUCAUCCUCGGUUACCUUGAUAUCGACUCUCUACUCUCUGCCAUUCGCAGCUGUCGGCCAUUCUAUCUGGCUUACGAGGGGUAUGAGGCACCUGUAUCGAAGUCUUGCCUGUAUACUACCAUCACGCCCGAGAUACUACCAUAUGCCAUACUCACCCUAGAUAUCGCCAAGUCCCCGCACGGGGAUGUGAUUGAAUACCACAAGCUAAUUAGAAAGCGAUUGGGGAAUCCCACGGAGAAGCUCCGCAAAUGGAGUUGGGAUCUAUCUGUAAUGAAGGAAUCACUCUUCGUCCACAGACAUCUCUCCUUUUUCAUAGACUAUUACAGCAAGAAGGCGCUGGAAGAGUUCCACAACUCGUUCGGAGAGACAGAGGUUUGUGUUCCCUUAUCGCGAAAUGAAUGGGCCCGCAUAGCCCGAUCAUUCUACGCUCACCUGGUUAUACGGCAAGCAUGCCUGAAUUGCUUUGUUAGGCUGAAGGACUAUGAGUACUUCAGUAGAAGCUGUACUUUCGAAUCCCUGGUGACGUCUGUGGCUGGGAAGCUAUUGUUAAACUGCAUUGACCUGGAGCAGCUCUACAUCGUGAGCGCUUAUUUUGGUGACAUCAAAUACUCUCCCGCGUUGGAUAUCUUCGAUAUUAUAAUGAGGGGGCCAGUCAGUGGUCAAAGAAGCAUGUGAGACACGCUACGGAUUGCCAUCAAGCUUCCAUGCUGUUACUGGCUCGCCGAGCACUCGAUCCAAGUUACUCACACGUGUACCUACCAGUUACGGAGGGCGUACUCCCGAUAACAUGGAGACUCUGCAAUACAAGCAUGGAGAAAGGAAUUGCCGGUAUUUUCCGUGAGCGCGGUCGCUCUCCAGUACCUAACCCCAAUCUGGCACAGGCGUGCCUUUCUAGUUUAAGCGUUCGAACAUGCCGUGCGGCAUUUAGGGAGGAUCUCGGAACAUAUAAGU